UUUCCGAGAGGCUGGGAAGAUGGCGCCGACUAUACAAACCCAGAGCCAGCGGGAGGAUGGACACCGGUCCAGCUCCCAUCGCACGCUUCCCGAGAGGUCGGGGGUCGUCUGCCGGGUGAAGUAUUGUAACAGUCUGCCGGAUAUUCCCUUCGACCCAAAGUUUAUUACGUAUCCAUUCGACCAGAACAGGUUUGUGCAGUAUAAAGCCACGUCUCUGGAGAAGCAGCACAAGCACGAUCUCCUGACCGAGCCGGACCUCAGUGUCACCAUCGACCUCAUUAACCCAGACACCUACCGCAUAGACGCCAACGUUCUCCUGGACAUAGCAGACGAGAAACUUUUGGAAGAGGAAAUCCAGGCCCCGAGCAGCUCAAAGAGAUCUCAGCAGCACGCCAAGGUGGUACCAUGGAUGAGAAAGACUGAGUAUAUCUCCACCGAGUUCAACCGAUACGGCGCCUCUAAUGAGAAACCCGAAGUCAAGAUCGGUGUGUCUGUGAAGCAGCAGUUCACUGAAGAGGAUAUUUACAAAGACAGAGACAGCCAGAUCGCUGCCAUCGAGAAGACGUUUGAAGACUCCCAGAGGCCUAUAAGCCAGCACUACAGCAAGCCGCGUGUCACGCCUGUGGAGGUGAUGCCGGUGUUCCCAGACUUCAAGAUGUGGAUCAAUCCAUGCGCGCAGGUCAUCUUCGACUCGGAUCCAGCUCCAAAGGACGCUCAGGGCUCUGCCGCCCUGGAAAUGAUGUCCCAGGCGAUGAUCAGAGGUAUGAUGGAUGAGGAGGGCAAUCAGUUUGUUGCAUAUUUCCUUCCCGGAGAGGACACUAUGAGAAAACGAAAGCGAGAUCAGGAGGAGGGUCUGGAUUACAUGCCGGAAGACAUAUACGAUUACAAGAUCGCCAGAGAAUACAACUGGAACGUGAAAAACAAGGCUAGCAAGGGAUACGAGGAGAACUACUUCUUCAUCUUCCGGGAGGGCGAUGGCGUGUACUACAACGAGUUGGAGACCAGAGUGCGCCUCAGUAAGAGAAGAGUAAAGGCAGGGGUCCAGUCCGGAACCAACGCUGUGCUGGUGGUGAAACACAGAGACAUGAAUGAGAAGGAGCUGGAGGCUCAGGAAGCGCGCAGAGCUCAGCUCGAGAACCACGAACCAGAGGAGGAAGAGGAGGAGCUGGAGGUUGAUCAAGAUACUCAAGGUUCAGAUGCUGAAGAUGGAGAGAAGGGGAGCGAGAGCGAGAAGGAAGGCAGCGGCGAAGAGUCCUCCGGCAGUGAGAGUGAAGAGGAGGGAGCGGAAGACAAAGAGGACGAGGAGGAUAAGGAGAGCAGCGAAGAGGACAGAGCGGCCAGAGAUAAGGAGGAAAUCUUUGGCAGUGACGACGAUGAAGACAGUGAUGGUCAGAAUGACAGCGGGCGAGAGGGGGAAGAGAGCGGCAGCGACGACGAUGACGGAGGCAGGGGACGGAGAAGUGGCAGCGCCAGUAGUAGCCAGUUUGGAAGUGAACAACAGGACAAUGAAGAUCAGAGCGGGAGCGAUCAGGGCUCUGGCUCUGGCUCUGAUGGCAGCGACAGUGACUGAUCUUCUCCCACCUCUGCCCAUCCCCCUCCCCUCUUUGUAAAUAAAAUGCGUGUAAAAUAAUUUUGAAUAAAAGUUGUUUUUCUGAA